AUGUAUGAGCGUGAUACCUACUUCGAAAACUCCUAUGUAGAGAUCAAAGAAGAUGUCUCCAAGACGGUAGAUUCUCUGCGUAUCCCAACCGUCAAAGGGGUUAGGACAGCCAUCUUCUGGGAUGCCGUGGAUUGCCCAUUCCCUCCUUCUUCUACCCCUGACCAGAUCUACCACUCCAUCUCAUCCUUUCUUAUGGAAAGGGAGUUUAGUGAUAAGAUUACAAUCUGGGCCUAUCUUGAUGAUGAUGACAAGAGAGGGUCUUGGGGUGGUGACAAAACGUGGGCUUCCAGAAUCUACUUUCUUCCCGUUCCCGCAGCCUCGAGACGUAUCAGAAUGUUAAAUGACAUUACUUUAUGGAAAUGGGACUCUCCUCGGUUGAAAAGGCGUUGUGAAGCUAGUUUGAUCCUAGUCUCAGACCAGUUCAAAGAGGACGACGUCUACUACAGAGAUAUGCUUCAAAGAAUGGGUAACAGGGGUUACUUUGUUGUCUUAGUCACUCCCACUCUUGACAUCAACAAACCAGAAAGCCCCGAAUGGCCUGGAUUGCUAAUAGAUGAAGGCCCAUACGUUUUUGAUAAAGUAGUAACACAGCAUGAAUCCGCGGAAGAAGACCUAACACCUACUGAGGAGGAGCUUCCGAUGGAUUACGACCCUUUUGGUGAUCAAGCAAGCAGCGAUAGCUCUGAAAAUGAAGAGGGCCGUCAAUUCUGGAAACCUCCGACUGAUGAGGAAGUUUCCAAGCUGAUACCAAGCCCUGAAGAACCACCCCUGUAUCGCUGGAUCCCCAUACUCUCAUGUACAAACUAGCAAUCCUAUUUCCCGAACCCGCCGAUGAAGAAACACCCUUGUAUCUCUGGGAUCCCCAUGCUCAGAUGAUGAACAAACUAGAAAGCCUAUCAUCCUUCCCCAAAGAGCAUGAAGCCGCCGCCGAAGAUGAGACACCCCACAGACUUGCCACGCAUGGCAUUUGUCGCUUCGAAACUGAGGACAUCAAGUAAUUUUUCUUUUCCAAAUUUUUAUCGUACAUCAUGUAAUUUUUUUUCUAAUAUUUUAUUUACGUACAUAGCAAGCUUUUUCUUCUGUCGUUUUAUCUGUCACUAUAUCCAUUCUUAUAAUAGACAGAACUAAAUCAAAUAUUCA